AUGUUACGCCAUAAGGAAUUAGAAAAGUACCGGGAUGUGGAUGAGAAUGAACUUUUAAACAAACUUACUGAGGAGGAAAUAAGAGCUCUUGAAGGAGAACUGGAAGAAUUGGAUCCUGAUAACCUGUUAUUACCUGCUGGUUUAAGACAAAAGAAUCAGACCAGCAAAACGUCAACAGGACCUUUCCAGAGAGACGCCCUUCUAGAACACCUAGAGACUGAAGCUAAAGAAAUGAAAGAUAAGGAAGACCUGGUGCCUUACACUGGGGAAAAAAGAGGAAAACCAUGGAUACCAAAACACAAGCCAAUUGACCCAGUUUUAGAAAGUGUCACUUUGGAGCCAGAACUGGAAGAAGCCCUAGCCAAUGCCUCGGAUGCUGAACUGUGUGACAUUGCAGCGAUCCUGGGAAUGCAUACUCUGAUGAGUAACCAGCAGUAUUAUGAAGCCUUCACAAGCAGCAAUAUUGUCAACAAGGAGGGGCUAAAUAGUGUGAUUAAGCCUACACAAUAUAAACCUGUUCCUGAUGAAGAACCUAAUUCAACAGAAGUGGAUGAAACCUUAGAACGCGUUAAAAGCAACGACCCUGAUCUUGAAGAGGUUAAUCUCAAUAAUAUAAGGAACAUUCCUAUUUUAACUUUAAAAGCUUACUCUGAGGCAAUGAAAAAUAAUACCCAUGUGAAGAAGCUAAGUAUUGUGGGGACAAGAAGUAAUGACCCUGUUGCAUUUGCUUUGGCAGACAUGCUGAAGGUCAAUAAUACACUGAGGAGUUUAAAUGUGGAAUCUAAUUUCAUCAGUGGAAACGGAAUCCUCGCUCUGGUAGAGUCGCUCCAGUAUAACACAUCACUGGUUGAGCUGAAGAUAGACAAUCAGAGUCAAGCUCUUGGCAAUAAAGUGGAAAUGGAAAUUGCAAAUAUGUUAGAAAAAAAUGCAACGCUUUUGAAAUUUGGUUAUCAUUUCACUCAACAAGGCCCCAGACUGCGAGCAUCAAAUGCAAUGAUGAACAAUAAUGAUCUUGUGAGGAAGAGAAGACUGGCCGAUCUGGAUGGCCCAAUUCUUCCAAAAUGCCGAAGUGGAGUUUAGAGCUGAAAUGAGGAGCGCUCCACACAGUAGGACCCCUUCCAAUAAGAGUUUGUACCAGAGCGUGGAAUACUUACAAGAGAGUGAGGACCCAGCAACUGCGUUACAUAUCUCAGGCGUCUCUUGUCAUUUGUUAUGUACCCAAAUGGAUCACCAUCAUAUUACCUACAAGAGUAAUCCAUAUAAAACAUUUGCUGGCAAUUCCUGCUUUAU